AUGGAAAGUGGAGGUGUCUACUUUGGGAUCUCUGUCUUCUCCUUCGACGAGCUCAGAGAGGCAACCAACAAUUUUGAUGAAGCUAGGAAGUUUGGAGAAGGAGGACCGGAGCCAACCUCGAAGGUGGUGGGAAGAAUCGAGGGGAAGUACAAUGGGAGCACCAUCACUGUGUUGGGGAGGAACCGCAUCACCCAAAACAUCAGGGAGAUUCCAGUAAUUGGAGGCACUGGAGUGUUCAGAUUUGCCAUGGGAUAUGCAGAGACUAAUACCAUUUUUCUUAAUCCAAAAAUGAGGUCUACCAUUGAAUACAACAUUUAUGUUUCCCACUACUUUUGA